AUGAUUCUUACGAAAAAUGUCAUUCCUGGGUUUGACAAUCAUCCACAAAUAAAUGAAGUUUAUGCCAAAAAAGAAGUAAAUGGAAAUGAUCAACACGAGAUAAUUAAUAGUAACAAAGGACAAUUUCCAAGAACAGUAGAAUGGCAAAUAGCCCUAGAAGAGGAAUGGGGUAAAUUGAACCUGAUAUUUUUAUUUAAAUUGGUUAAUGGUGUUUUUAAAAUUGUAAUUGAAACAAAAAGCGGCAUGUUAAACAUUAAUGCCUCUAUUAAAUAA